AUGGAGUCUGUCGCUGAACAGUAUGUGAACUUCAUCGUGUCUCACAGCCUACCUCGUGCCAUGACCAUAAAGGAGGUAACCGAAGCGACGUUAGCGGUGAUCAACUCGCUCAAGCAAGCCCUAAAGCAACCCCAGGAAGGCAAACAUUGGAAGAUCACAACUCUACAGCCUUUCUCUCGUGUUGAGACAGAACUGUCAGUCUCCAAAGAAGGCCUUGUGCUAAGAGGCACGCGGAUAGUACUGCCAGCACAACUUCGCACAAAGGCGGUGCACCUUGCACAUCGAGGCCACCAAGGCAUUGUCAAGACAAAACAGCUGUUGCGUGAGAAGGUGUGGUUCCCAGGGAUAGACUUUCUAGUGAACCAGACAGUUAAAAGCUGCCUGGAAUGCCAAGAUAACACACCAGUACACCAUCGAGACCCUUUGCCAAUUCAGGAGCUUCCUCGAGGCCCGUGGACAGAACUGUCGUUAGAUUUUGCUGGCCCUUUCCCUGAUGGCAAGUAUGCCAUGGCAGUUGUGGAUGAUUUCUCCAAGUACCCAGUCGUUAUCAUCUUACACACUCUUGCAGCACCUACAGUCAUCAAGCAACUGCGCACUGUAUUCGCUCAGUUCGAGUGUCCAGAAAUUGUAAAGUCAGACAAUGGCCCACCCUUUCAGAGUGGGGGUUUUGCAGAGUUCGCUAGCGAGCUUGGAUUCAACCAUCACUGCAUCACUCCAUGGUGGUCAGAGGCUAACAGGGAAGCCGAACGAUUCAUGCGCACCCUCAAGAAGUCAAUACUCGCAAGUCGUGUCAGCCACUUGGAUUGGACCAAUGAGCUUCAGUUGUUCCUGCUGGCUUACAGGUCCACACCCCAUGGUUCCACAGGAAAGUCUCCGUUUGAACUUCUAUUUGGGAGACCCAUGAGGAAUCUUCUACCGACACUUGCUGCUGAUACUCAGAACUCAGCUCACUCUGAGGCAAGACAGAAUGACACCCAAAGAAAAGCAUACAACAAGCAGUACGUCGACUCUCGGAGACACACCAGUCACAACCAGCUGCAUGUUGGACAACAAGUCCUCUGCAAACAAGACAGGUCAAACAAGUUCUCGUCUUACUAUGACCCCCACCCAUACACAAUCACCAAAGUCACUGGCUCCAAAAUCACAGCGUCCAGAGAUGGAGUGACGAUUUGUCGCAACUCGAGCUUCUUCAAAGAUGCGAGCACAGUUCAAAUGGAACGACACCAGGACCAGACCGACAUGCCAGAUCUGGACGAUGCAGCUGUGCCAAGUAACAGUGACCCUCUAAGCCACAGCACAGCUACUCCUAGUGAACCUCUACCAGCAACUCCCAAGAACGCCUGA